AGUCGGCCCGCGGCCACUGCUUGGGUAACAUAGUUGCAGUCCAAUCAAAAUCAAAAGCCGUGUCCACGCAUCCACUCCUGUCUUGUUUGCAGCUACUCGCUUGGCUUCAUCCAGACAAAAAUUAUUGCAUAAAUCGCACGUAAAUUACUGGUCACAUGUUGAUCUCGUUACAAUUAUUAUUCUCAUUAUCGUUACAUUUUGUGUAACUCGGCCUAAUAAUGCAAUGCGACUGAUGAGUUACCCUCCACCGAGCAGCGACUGGCCCCCGCUUUUUAGGGGCCUAUCUCCAACUCCACCCGUAUAAAAGUUACAACAAUUAUUGCUGGACCAUCAGUUGCAUUCUUCUCCAACGCAGACAACUAGUGGAUUAAACACCGCAACACUCCUCAACAUGCAUUCCGUUCAAAUUCAAGCCGCCAUCGUAAUGAUGUGUUUCAUUGCAUUCUCUUAUGGGCAAAUCUAUGGGAGCUAUGGUCAUCAUGGACACCAGGAUUAUCACGAACCAGCGCAUUACAGUUUCGAAUACAAGGUGCAUGACCCUCACACUCAUGACAUAAAAUCGCAACAUGAAUCACGCAACGGAGAUGCAGUGAAGGGCUACUACAGCCUUGUCGAGCCUGACGGCUCAGUCAGAGAGGUGCACUACACCGCCGACAAACACAAUGGAUUCAACGCCGUAGUCCACAAAUCCGGUCAUGGACACCACUACUAUUAACACCUGACAAGCUCAUAAAAACCUAUUUAUUAUUUUUGUACAAAACCAAUAAAAUAUCUUCAAACGA